CAGGCCGGGCGGGCCCUGUUUUUCGAGCUUAUCCUCACUCGUAUCCUCACGUGAGGCAGCCGCGUGGGGAGGCGGCUUCGGAAGAGACACAGGAGGAGACCCACGGAAAGGAAACAAUAAACACACGGUUAUCAGCGGCCGCGCUGCAAACCGCCCAUCCCCGACCUUCCCUGCUGCCACCGGCCUGCGCCACGAGAAACGUGCGAGCUGGUCAGGAGGAGCCGUGUCCAGAGCCGUGUCCAGAGCCCUGCUUUAGGGACACGGGAGCUGAAGGAGCCCCAGCCCCGGGUGUCCCCGGAGCCCCGCGGAGCCGCCCCGCGGGCGGGGCCGGGCCGGGCGGGCAGGGCCAGGCGCCGCCAUGCCCAAGGUGGUGUCGCGCUCCGUGGUGUGCUCCGACACCCGCGACCGCGAGGAGUACGACGAUGGCGAGAAGCCGCUGCACGUCUACUACUGCCUGUGCGGGCAGAUGGUGCUGGUGCUGGACUGCCAGCUGGAGAAGCUGCCGAUGCGGCCGCGGGACCGUGCCCGGGUGAUGGACGCGGCCAAGCACGCCCACAAGUUCUGCAACGCCGAGGAGGAGGAGAGCGUCUUCCUGCGCAGACCCGAAGGCAUAGAGCGGCAGUUCAGGAAGAAGUGCGGCAAGUGUGGACUGCUGCUCUUUUAUCAACACCAACAGAAGAAUGCUCCUGUGACGUUCAUUGUUGAUGGUGCUGUGGUCAAAUUUGGCCAGGGUUUUGGGAAAACAAACAUAUAUACUCAGAAACAAGAACCUCCCAAAAAGGUGAUGAUGACCAAACGGACGAAAGAUAUGGGCAAGUUCAGUUCUGUAACAGUCUCCACAAUUGAUGAAGAGGAGGAGGAGAUCGAAGCGAGGGAGAUUGCAGACUCCUAUGCACAGAAUGCAAAAGUGAUUGAGAAACAGCUGGAACGCAAAGGCAUGAGCAAGAAAAGGCUACAGGAGUUGGCUGAGUUGGAAGCCAAGAAAGCCAAGAUGAAGGGAACCCUGAUUGAUAACCAGUUCAAAUGAAAUGCUACGUAUUUGCUGGGUAUUUGGAGACAGGAGAAGGUUACCAGGAGCAGGGAUCUGUUAAUAGAUCUGUUAACACAGCAGAAGUAACAGACAGUGUUCAAGGGUUGCACUGUGCUGCAGCCAGCCUGGAAGGUGAGAACCUCUCUGUCAUAAGUGAUACUCUGGUACCAAUUUUAAUAACUCCAACAGCACUGGAGACUUUGCUGAAACUGCAGUUCUCUACAGACCCAGUGUUAUGAGCAAGCUGUUCCAGGCAGAAUAUUUACUUUCAGGAAAAUCUUUGUCAGGUGCCUUCCUGAGUUCACCUUUAGAUACCUGUCUUUUUAUUUUGGUAGUGUAAGGUUUCCUUGAAUGUAUUAGAACAACAGGUCAACUGUACAACAAAGACAUCCUUACAAAAGUAUGCUCUGUGCCUGUUACUCAUUUUGUUAUUUUAACUGUGUCCAAAACAUGCAGCAGCCUGAGGGACAUGCCAUUCCAACACAGUCUAGAACAACUGGGAUGCAAGGCUUGAGCAUAAUUCUGCUGCUCACCCUGACCUGCCAGAGGCAGCCAGCACAGGCUCAGGUCCUGUGGAACAGUGGAAGGCUGCAGUUGUACAGAAUUACACUGUCCCAAUAGCUACUGCCCCAUACAAGAACAUGAAAUCCAACUCUGUUUUAAAUUAAUGAAAACAAACUGCCACUAUGAGUUCAAAUGUAUAGUGAGAAGCUACUGAUACAGUUGGUAAUCAUUUAAAGUAGAAUACCACUGCAUGUCUUAACUAAACCGUUCUAAAAAACAGUAUCGGUUCUAGAGUUGUGAAAUGUGGAGGAAAAAUUGUUUUGAAUGUUCUGACCACUAAGGACUUGAUGAAGACAACAUUACACAUCGGUUUUAAAGUACCUUAUUUGGAGAAUAAUAUUUUGUAUUUCUUGUUGAUGUAAUAGCAGUGCUCUACAGCCCAUGUGUUUGUUGCUCUACUUGAGAUUAAAUGCCAUAUUACGGAUUUGAACUAAAAUACCUUUCCUAAGGUUUUCUUACUCUAGCAAGUAUCAUAAAAUAAUUUGAGCAAAGAUGCUUCAUCUCCCACAAUUACUACGGAAAACUUCCUAUAAUCAAUAAAGAUUUUCCAUCUGGCUUUAUAACCUUGA